CAAAAGUAAACUCUUUGUUUCUUUUUUUUCUGCGAUGGGUCUGUUGUUCUUCAUUGAAAUGAAUGAUUCUCUCUGUCUUCCCAUAACAUACAAGAAUGCGGACUUUAUUUCGGAACAGAGGACUUUAAACUGUUAUCAUUUUCAGCUCCAUCUUUUCCAUUUCAAGAACCUUCUGAAACAAUGUAAAGCUUUCUUGUUUAAAUAUCAAAAUAAAUAAAUAAGUGGAAAAAAAAAGAGACGGCUUAUUUUACAUCUAAGUUACUUGCUACUAUUGCCUACUGUCUCUUUUCGUG